UACUUGGCUGCCUUGUGCAAGUAUCUACUUAACCAGGGAUACAUGCAAUCUUAUAUAACAAUACUAGCACCACACGAUUGCCAGGUCCGUGCUAUCAAAACUCAGUUGGCCGGAUGUCUGAAAGUGGAUCAGCAAGUUAAUGUCUCGUCGGUAGACGAGUUUCAAGGACAAGACAGUCACAUUGUCCUCCUGUCGCUGACAGCAGGUAACGAAGACGAGGCUCAUGACGUCAUUCUAGAAGAGGGCUGGAUAAGUGUAGCAUUGUCACGGGCUAAGGUCGGCUUGUACGUCAUUGGCAACUUUGAUGUGUUGUCUUGUCAAAGUCCACUGUGGUCAAAGAUAGUAGCCACGGCUGAAGAAGACGAGAUCAUCGGCUGGUGGCUGCCUGUCUACUGCCAGAAUCACCCGAGCACUAAAAAACGCCUUGUCAACGUCACAGACUUCGGAAGGUGUCCAGAGGGUGGGUGUGGGCGACCAUGUGAACAUCUGCUACCGUGUGGUCAUAGAUGUGUGUUGAGCUGUCAUGGUUAUGACAUUACUCACGUCAAGUACAAAUGUUCGGAGAGAUGCUCUAAGUCAUGCAAGGCCGGCCAUCCAUGUGAAAAACAUUGCUUUAUGCCGUGCAGGGAUUGCCUUGUUCCUGUCCUGAAAGUGUUUCCAGUCUGUGGACAUCUCAAUGAAAUACCAUGCUAUCAAGAUCCUGAGGUCUGUAAGCAGGAAUGUUCUCAUAAACUUCCAUGUGAACAUAAAUGUUCCGCGAUAUGCUGCAAAACUCGAUCCGGGAAUGUUCACAAGGAAUGCCCAGUUCUUGUGACAUACAUAUUUUCACCCUGUGGUCAUUAUGGUCAAGUGCCUUGCCACAAAUGGAACACCCAGGUCCCGUGUGAUAAACCAUGCGAGGUUGUCCUACGCUGCGGGCACAGGUGUAAAGGAUCUUGCUCCAGAUGCCUACUUGGAGCUGUACACGAAGUGUGCCAGGAGAAAUGCCCAAAACGUCUUCCCUGUGGUCAUAAGUGUACAGGCUACUGCGGGACGCCGUGUCUGCCUUGUCCAGAGAUCUGCCCUUUCCGUUGUAGUCAUAAGUCAUGUCAGUCAGAGACGCAUCGACACAAAUGUGGUCAACCGUGCCCACCGUGCAUGGAGCAAUGUGUUACACAAUGCAAGCACGUCUCAGGGACAAAGCUUUGCUCGCAGCAAUGGAAAAUCCGUCUCUGUAACAAGAUGUGCAACCGAAAAUUUGAAAUUGUUGAGAAAGAUCCGGAAGCUUCUGGCAAGAAUAUUUGUAACCAUAACUGUGCCGGGAUCUGUGGGGAGCUGUGCGUGUGUUUGCACUGUGAUCGGGUCAAUGACCUAAAGGAAGUCGGAAGUAAUCUGAAGCAGACGUUAGACGAAGGACUCGUUUCAAAGAUUUUGGACAACCUCGAGGAAAAACUUAUUUUUAAAAUUCCUUCAUGCGCCCACAUCUUCUAUGUGGAACAGUUAGAUGCAUUUAUCGCCGACAAUGCCCCAGUGGGCACAAGUUUCAUAUUGUGUCCAGUUUGUCCAAAGCCCAUCAUGAAAUGUAAACGCUACGACAACGUCUUAAAUGCAAGACACAAAAGAAGAGAUGACCAGAAAGCCUUGCUCUUAAGUCGGACAAGCGUGUCGAAGGAUGAGACACUCAAGCUAAAGCACUCCUUUGAAAUUUUGAAAAUGAUGGCAUCACCCUUUCAUAAAAGUGUUUUGUUUGAUAAAUCGCAUAGUUAUAAUACAAUUGAACUGCAAGCAAUAUCUUUUAAAAUGAAAAUCGUGUUUGUGCUGGUUAAGAUUUUAAAGAUUGGCCCCAGGCUGCGCGAUGAAGUGGAGAUGGACUUGCUAGCCAUGACAUACUCUGCUUUUAGAUCCCCCAACCGCCUAUCUUCCCAGCGUAAGCAGGAGAGUCUCUUCGAAGUUUUGAGAUGCCUGAAGCUAAAAGUUCUCAAUUUCUUGGAGGAUCUCAACUGUCAGCAUGUCAUCCAGGCACCGAGGAGUCUCACCUGGCAGGUGGAGUCCAUGAUCAGUGUACUCCGCGGCUCUCAAAGAAAUCCUGAAAACCUUUCAAAAGCCGAUUCAGUGAUCAUGUCCAUUAUUAAAAUGAUUGGCGAAUCAUCACCUGCCGCCCAGGCCGCCUGCUGCCCAGUUAUCAAGAAAUACAAGGAACUCAUUGGCGUACUGCUGUCCAGUGAUUCAAUGGUGAGUUAUUUACGCAUAUCCAUUUAGAAAGACUCCUUUUAAUGUAUGUUAUUGAUUAAUAUGUGCAUAGUAGAAUUUCACGCAAAAGGCACUCUCCACUCUCUCUUUUUUUUUCUCGCUUCAAAUUAAUUUUGGUUAUUUAAAUAAACCAAAAAAAACAUGGUGAUUACUUUUCCUUUGUUUUCGUAACGCUUUAUUUUUAGCUUUUUGUUAUUUACUACGUCAGACUCGCUGCUAUUUUCCACCAAAGACAUUCCCACCUCCCCCACCCCUUUUUCUCAACGGGUCACUUUAAAUUUACCACUUAAAUUAUUAUUCCCUUGGGCGCGAUGUUACAUACAUUUCAGUUUCGCGCAAUCUUACAGACCCAAUCACCGUUGAAAUAUUUUGUGAACAUAUAGUCCCAAUUGUAUUUUCCCUCUGCCUGUGCUCAUACAAUGCUCCUGUUUACCGUUAAAGAUGCUGUGUGACCUGGUUCAUCCUGAUGAGGCUCAAACGGUCCCAGACUUAACACCAGUGGCGGACCAACAAUCAGAUCUCAAACAGGAUCUGACGGCUGAUCUACAAACUAGUGGUCCUUAUUACUCCCCAUCUACAGAUCAUUCACCAAGACAAACGGCCGAUGAAGGUCAAAGGUAAAUACUCCCCCUCCUUUUUUUCACUCUUCUCUCUCCCCCCCCCCCCCAACUAAUUGAUGUCACUAAACUAAAAGAUCCAUACAUAUAGUUAUUUUGGAUAUGAAAGAGUGUAGGUUGUAAUGGUGAGAUCAGUAACGAGCUAAAUAAAAUCCCCGAUAACUGCGCUAAAUUAGAUUCUUUUUUUUUUUUUAAACUCGACUACGUUUGCUGCGUAAUAUUUUCUUUCGUUUUACGGAAAUGGUCUGAAUUUAAAAAAUGGUGUAAUAAAUCUGUGAUUAACAGGACGUGGGACAAUAAAAUAGUAAUACAUUUCAGGGGCGUGAAAAAAUAGUGCAGUACAAUACCCGGAAAAAAAGAGGGCCUAGGGGGUGGGGGAGAUGGGUGAAUAGCACGAUUUGGGAUUCUUAUAAAGUGCGCUACUGGAAUUCAUUAUUUUGUCAAAUAAAAUUAUUUAAGAUAGAAAGUUUGCUCAUUGCGGCCGCCGUAGUUCCGUUGGCUAAAACUAGUGUAAUAUCAACGUUUUCUGAUAUAUAUAUAUAUAUAUAUAUAUAUAUAUAUAUAUAUAUAUAUAUAUAUAUAUAUAUAUAUAUAUAUAUAUAUAUAUAUAUAAUAUAUAUAUAUAUAUAUAUAUAUAUAUAUAUAUAUAUAUAGAUCGUUCCAUCGUUUCGUCAAGUCACACAUACCGGUUUAUUCUGCAGGUUGAAAAAAAAACAUGCUCUGUGGAUUUUGAUGUUCUGAACGCUUUAAGCUUUAUCGCAGUUCUGUCUGUUUCUUCACCAAUGAAUUUAAUCUUUGUUCUUUAUCAAAGCUCUACAAGACCAUACUGAAACAAAAUUAGCAUUGCCUUGGUUUUUUUGUUUUUUUAGCGGACUGGGGAUGUCCUUAUAAAUGUCAAUGCUUUUUUUUUUAUUUUUCAAACUGUCCAAUGGUUAUUUUAAAGUCCUUUUUAAAUGAAAUUUGAUAACAAAAGUCAGGAAUUAUUUUAAUAUAUACAAAGGUUACAUACAAAUAAAAGUGAAUUAAAUUUCAUUUUUUUUUUUAAAGCUUCUAUGGAAAAGAUACGAAGCUGAGGUCAACAGUUGAUCUUGAUCAUCAUGAGAUAACCCAGGAAGGUUGCCGAUACCAGGACAUGUUCGAUGUCAAUAUGUUUAAAGUUUGCCCUGAAAUGGAGCUACGACCAGCUGAAACUGUAGCUGACAAGAAGGAACCACUUUAUGAAGAAGAGCAGUUUCCGAUUUUACUCGGUAGACCAGUGGAAGCUAAAGGUCAGUCACCGACUAAACCAGGGGUCAGCGUCUCUGGACCUGAUUUUUUUAAAACGAAGAGGGAUAAUCGCCUGCAUCCCUUUUUCGGUCAGCAAAACUCUCAAAUUAACCAGAUGUCCUCCAAUGUGGACAGCGCUGGCAUCCAGUCCGGGCCAUCGUUUUCUGAAAUGUGCAGCAGGCCAGCAACAGGCAGACCCGUGAAACAGACACGCGGGAAAAUGCCUCGAACUGAUGGUGACACUGGAAUUGACAAGGAGCAGACGUCAAAGGUUCAUCUAAAGGGUGAUGAGAUGUACCAGGAUGAAUGCCGAGUCCAGGGCUUUUCAACAGUUGACUCGAUUUGGAAUUGUGUUAAACGACCUGGGCAAACCAUGACUGGAAAGAAUGAGCCGCCUUGUGAGGAAGAGCAGUUCCCAAGUUUGAUCGUUAGAUCAUCAGAAAGAAAUGAUAACCUUCUUACUAAACCAGAGGUCACGCUGUCGGACCCUAAAUUUUCUACAGCAACGACGACGUGGGGUAAUCAUGCGCAUCCAUUUGUUGGUCACCAGAACUCUCAAACUAAACAUUAUUCCUCCGACGUGGACAGCGCUAGCGUCCAGUCCAAGCCAUCGUUGUCGGAAGUGUGCAGCAGUCCUGUUGUUCAUAAGCAAAGGACAAGCGGGCGUGUUAAGCCGAAACACGGAAAAAUCCCAUUUACAUAUGGUGACAAGAAUCGAGUUGCCAUGACGGAUUCUAAGAAAGGAACCCGUUCCACGACUUUCAAUGUAUCUUCAGAAGCAGAUUUCCCGACACUGGGCGGAUCUAAGAAGUAGUUUAUUAAUGUUUUUUUAAAAGGAAGAAGCAAACAACAAAUGUUGAGCAAUUUGCUUAAAGCCGAUUUUUCAACUAAGACUGACAACUCCAGUGUGUUUCCUUUAGUAACUUAGAGUUACACGGAAUGGUUUAGAUUAUUAAUGACUAUUUUUUUGUAACAAUUGUUUCAUUAUUUAUUUUUUUUUUUUUAUCGCUGUUAGAUUUUUUUUAAUAGACUUGUCUUCGGUUGUUGAUUUUGUAAUGCACUCAGAACUUUCAG